AUGAAGCUUCCUGCCAUCUGUGCACUUUUCGUCGUCGCGGUUGUUGGCUCACCCACUCCUCCAUCUAGCGCUCAUUCCAACAUAGGCCGCACACAACGCAUUCUCCUCAACACCGCUGGUAGCAACUCAAAAGCGGUUGAUGUGAAGAGACAGUUUGAUUAUGUAUCUGAGAAGUAUGCUGCCACCAUGAAAGCCUACAAACAGAAUACUGGAUCUCCCCACCCAUUGAGCAGUCACCUCAGCAUUCGCUCGGUGACCAAGCGGGCCACAAAUGGAAAUGUACCCCUCACAAACUACAAUGCAGACCUUUGGUACGACUCGAUCGAAGUUGGCAUGCCUCCAAAACAAUUUACAGUGGUGUUUGACACUGGCAGCGCAGACCUCUCCAAAGAUUCUGAGGAGCCGUUCAUACUUGUCUACGGCUCUGGAGAGACAGUGGGUGAAGAGUACUCUGAUGUUGUUUCUGUUGGGGGCCCCAGAGACAAUAAUCAGACUCUCGGCACCGCAUCAGCAUAUUCACCAGCGUUCAGCAACUACCUGAAUUACCCCCCUGAUGAGUUCCAGGGAUCACCACUUGUCGAGACACUGAGCGAGAGCGGUCAACUGCUACAAAGUGUCCUGGGGUUCAAGUUGUCCACUACCAUGAGAGAUAGCGAAAUACCCAUCGGAGGAACAACCUCGAACCCCUACCGCUCCGACACACUCAUGUAUAUUCCUGUGACAAAGAGGGGCUACUGGCAGGUGGAGCUAGGCAGCAUUUCGAGAUCGGGGCAGGAGAUCAAUGGGUCACACUCCGUUCCUGCGAUCAUCGAUACCAGGAUCACCAUCGUCAUCACAUCUGAUUCAGUCGCACAAUGUUACUACACAAACAUAUCUGGCACUAUACCCCACCCAGUGGGCACAUAUACAUACUGGACAAUUCCAUGUGAUAUCAUGGAUUCAGCCGUGCCUACAUUCAUGUUUGGUGGACGCACCUUCACAGUAUCUGCGCAGACGUUCAACCUCGGGCCAGACACCAAUUCAAGCGACUGCAUGGGUGGGAUCGCUUCGUCUUCAGCACUGAAUUUCACGAUCAUUGGCGAUGUCUUUCUGCAAAAUGUGUAUUUGGUGUUUGAUUACGCAAAUAUGAGGGUAGGAUUUGCAGAGCUUACUUGA